GGCGGCGGCAGCAGCGGCCAUGGAGGCGGGCGCCGGGGCCGGCGCGGGAGCUGCGGGCUGGAGCUGCCCGGGCGCAGGACCCACAGUAACCACUUUAGGCUCCUAUGAGGUGUCUGAGGGGUGUGAGAGGAAGAAAGGCCAACGCUGGGGGUCCCUGGAACGGCGGGGGAUGCAAGCUAUGGAGGGGGAGGUGUUACUCCCAGCUCUCUAUGAAGAGGAAGAGGAGGAGGAAGAGGAUGAAGAAGAGGUAGAAGAAGAAGAGCAAGUGCAGAAAGGGGGUAGUAUGGGCUCCCUGUCUGUCGGCAAGCACCGGGGCCUGAGCCUCACAGAGACGGAGCUGGAGGAGCUGAGGGCUCAGGUGCUCCAGCUGGUGGCAGAGCUGGAGGAGACCCGGGAACUGGCAGGGCAGCAUGAGGAUGACUCCCUGGAGCUGCAGGGGCUCCUGGAGGAUGAACGGCUGGCCAGUGCCCAGCAGGCAGAAGUGUUCACCAAGCAGAUCCAGCAGCUGCAAGGUGAGCUGCGGUCCCUACGGGAGGAGAUUUCCCUGUUAGAGCGUGAGAAAGAAAGCGAACUUAAGGCAAUAGAACAGGAAUUGCAUUUGGCCCAGGCUGAGAUCCAGAAUCUGCGGCAAGCAGCGGAGGAUUCCGUGACUGAACAUGAGAGUGACAUAGCAUCCCUGCAGGAGGAUCUCUGCCGGAUGCAGAAUGAACUCGAUGACAUGGAACGCAUUCGGGGAGAUUACGAGAUAGAGAUUGCCAACCUCCGUGCAGAAAUGGAAAUGAGGAACUCUGAACCAUCCAAUAGUUUAAGCCUCUCAGAUUUCUCUGGGUUGCAAGAAGAAUUGCAGCAACUUCGGGAACGCUACCACUUCCUGAAUGAGGAAUACCGGGCCCUGCAGGACAGCAACAGCAGCCUCACAGGGCAGCUUGCAGAUCUGGAGAGCGAGAGGACACGAAGAGCAACAGAAAGGUGGCUGGAGUCCGAAGCACUAAGGAGUAUGACAUCGACAGGGUCUCAGACUUCAGAAGUGGAUUUCCUGGAGCCUGAUCCUGCAAUGCACUUGUUGCGUCAGCAGCUACUGGGAGCUGAGGAGAAGAUGCACGACAUGAAAAGCAAGUGUAAAGAAUUGUGCUGUGAGCUUCAAGAGCUACAGCGUCAUCACCGGCUCAGUGAGGAGGAGCAGAGGCGGCUGCAGAGGGAGCUCAAGUGCGCCCAGAAUGAGGUGCUUCGGUUUCAGACCUCCCACAAUGUUGUCCAGAAUGAGGAGCUGAAGACCCGGCUGUGUGUCCUGCAGCAAAAGUAUGAUGCUAGCCAGGAUGAGCAGAGUGAGCUCUUGAAGGUGCAACUACAGCUUCAGACUGAGCUCCAGCAGCUCAGAGUCAUGAAAGCCACAGUCAUAGAAAGCCAAAGUGAGAAGGAGUUACUGUGCCGGCUACAGAAGCUGCAGGUCCAAUACCAGACCAUCUCAUGUGAGAAGGAAAAGCUGCUGGAAGUGCAGCAUCGGCUGCAGGAGAAGCUGCAGUGCCAGGAGGCAGAGCUGCAGUGCCUCAGGGACAUGGUGGACACCUUCCAAGAGAGCAAUGAGAAGAACACAGAGAUGCAUGCCCAGCUGCAGGAGAUGAAGCGCAUGUACCAGGCCAGCAAGGACGAGCUGGAGCGGCAGAUGCACAUGUAUGACCAGCUUGAGCAGGACUUCCUGCUCUCCCAGCUGGAGCUGAAAGAGCUCAAGACCACCCAGCCCAUUGCCGAGGACAAGGGAAAAUGUGCUAAUAAGUGUGAUACACUGCUGGCCAGACUGACAGAACUGCAAGAAAAGUACAAGGCCAGCCAGGAUGAGAUGGGGCAGCUGCAGAUGGAGCAGUGCGAGCUCCUGGAGGACCAGAGGCGCCUGCAAGAGGAACAGGGCCAGCUGCAAGAAGAGCUGCACAGGCUCACCUUCCCGCUACCCAAAAGUGGUGUUUUCCAUAAGAGUCAGGAACUACUUGCAAAGUUACAGGACCUAUGUGAACUUCAGCUGCUCUACCAAGGCAUGCAGGAAGAACAGAAAAAACUAAUACAGAACCAAGAAUGUGUAUUAAAAGAGCAAUUAGAGGCGCAUGAAGAGCUGUGGUGUUUCAAAGAGUCUCAUUUCCAGAAAGUGUUGGAGAAUCCCAAGGAUUCCAAAUUGCCUAAGUCCUCAAAAUGUGAUCAAAACAAGCAGUCCAAGCUGCUCAUCGAGCAGAUGCAGGCUCUGCAGGUGCUGUAUGAAGCCAGUCAGGUGGAGCAGGAGCUAUUGCAGCAGGAGCAAGGGAGGCUCCUGGAGGAACGAAAGAGGCUGCAGACAGACCUCCAUCUCUGCCUGGAAGAAAUGCAGCAGCUCCAAGUCCAGUCCCCUUCCAUAAAGAUGAGCCUUGAGUCCUACAAGAAGAGCUAUGGCAGCACAGCCCCCAGCAGCGAGAACUGUCACAAGAGUUAUGGUAGCACUACUGAUGACAACGAGAGCUAUCAGAAGAGUUAUGGUAGCAGCCAGGCCAGCAGUGAGAGCUUUCUCAAGAGCUAUGACAGUAGCACCAGUACCGGCGAAUCCGGUGAAAAGAGUUACUGCACCAGCAGCAGCAGUGUCACCUAUAAGAAGAGUUAUGGCAGCACCAGUAGCUCUGACACCUGUCACAAGAGUUAUGUCAGCAGCUGCUCCGACAACGAUCCUGCUGAGCCUGAAGACAUAGAGCACUUUGAGGAAAUGGUUGCCAAGGUGUUGACAAAGCUGCAGGCAGUGCAGGCCAUGUACCAGAUAAGCCAGGAGGAGCACAGCCAGCUGCAGGAGCAGAUGAAGAAGCUACUAGACAAGCAGAAAAAGAUGAAGGAAGAGCUGGAUGCCUGUGAAAAGGAAUUCAAGGAGUGCAUGGAAUGCCUGGAGAAGCCUGUAGCCCCCCAGAACGAUAAGAAUGAGAUCAAGGAGCUGCAGGCCAAGCUGCGGGAGCUGCAGCUGCAGUACCAGGCUAGCAUGGACGAGCAGGGGCGGCUUCUGGCCAUCCAGGAGCAGCUGGAGGGGCAGCUGCAGUGCUGCCAGGAAGAGCUCCGCCAGCUCAAAGAGAAGAGGUCCUCUGUGGCCAGAGAACCCGGGGGAAAGAAUGGCAAUAAGAAUAUGAACAAGAAUGCCAACGGGGCUAAAGUUAAAAAGGGGGCCAAGCUAUGUUCGGACAGUUCUGAGGGCAGCUUUGAGACCGGAAAGGGUCUGGAGGUAGUGCUGCACUACAGAGCCAGCCAGACGGAAUUAGACCAGCAAGCAAAGGAGGAGGAAAAGAGCGAGCAGGUGGAGGAGGAAAAAAAGGUAGAAAUGGAAGAGGAAACAGAGGAGGAGGAGUCUUGGGAUGAACUAACUACUGAGUCACCAGAUCCUAGGGAAAUGGAGUCAACAGAAGAUCGGGAGGAAGAAUAUGAAGAGUACACAGACCAGGAGGAUAGGGAAGAAGACAGUGAAGACGAAGAGGGUGACAGCUCUUCCCCUGAAACUUCCGAGGAAAGCAACCUCCUUAAACUUUCUGAGAGCAAAAAGAACAUGUUUGGGUUGUGGAAGCCUAUCGUAUUUUUGGCUAUCGCAGCUGUGGCUCUGUACAUAUUACCCAACACGCGACCACAGGAGACAAAGAUCUGCCUCAUGGAGUGACGGCAGACCUGGACCAGCCAAGAGGGCAGGUCCCCAGUGGCCACCUCCCUCAGCUUUGGGCAGGACACACUGUGCCAGAGCCCCCACCCCUCCCAUGUGUCUCAUGUGUCUACAUCUCCUUAGCCUCAGUCACCCAGGCUAGAAAGGCUCACAGGGAGCUUCUGGCCCUCAUCUCCUGCCUUGUAUAAGAAC